CCGUCAAAUACUGAAAGAACUUUGGGCAGGAAAGAUGUUGUUUCGCUGUUGUCGGGAAAGGAAAAAUCAACAAAUUUCCUAAUCAUUAUCAUUUUACGCAUUGCAAGCGUAGCAAGUGUGCAAGUGCAAGCAUGCCGUGUCCGGAACCGAUCGCACAAUCGAACGAGAUAAAGUGAACCGCUCCCGCGCAAGUGGUGUAACCAAGUGGUGGCAGGUUUUUAUGCGUCGUGUCGGAGAAAGAUGUUCCGUGUUCAUGGUUGUGCGGUGUAGAAAAUAUACAACGUGCUGGUAAAGUGUUCCCCUAGUUUGGUCAUCAAAAGUGCUAAUAAUAUCAAGGGAUUUGUUAUUAAACGAUUCCCGUAAAUCCGGUUUCCGAUGGCUUCCGGGCGGAUUAGAAGUGUGUGUUGGCUCGCAAUUUUUGUACCUUUCGCACCUAACCCAAACGUACCACCGUUCUCGGUCGCCUGCGUUGUGUAAUGUACCCGGGGCCAAACGAGCUGUAGCAUUUCGAUCGGCUUAAAAAUUCGAACGGGACCCCCUAAGAGCGGAAACACGCGUUUACCGCACCGCCUCACUCACUCUCUUGAAAGUGAUCGAUUCGAGAAACAACCAGUUCAAAAAAGGAAGCACCAGCGUAACGACGAACAGACAAACAAAAUACCAAACAAACCAAGAAGCAAAAAAAAAAAAAGGAAGGUUUACGGUUUGGUAGCAACAGAAGAAGAAAACAGCAGCAGCAACAAAACACAACAAUGAGCUGGUUACGAUCGAGCCCGUUGCGGCAAAGCUUUAGCAAAGGCAACAACAGCAACAGUGCAAAUGACCGAGCGCGUUCCGGUGCCGGAGGGGCUGGCGGGCUGUCGGUUAUUCGCCCGUUCGAUGCAACCGAGUGCGAUCCCAAGGCGUGCUAUGACAGUUUCUGCAUCCACUGGCAGCAGGCGUACGAAAUUAUACAGCGAUCGGAGAACUACCGAAGUCAGUCACAUGAUGAUGUGUUGGGCGUGGUGACACAUCUCGACCAUAUGGUAACACUACUGCUGGUGGAACUGCAUCACUGUAACAAACUCAGUCUCCCUGGUCAAGCAGCACCACCGGCGCCCUGUUUGGAGCAUCUACUGAGUGAAAACCUUCUCGACAAACUGUACGAAUGGGGCAUCAAAACGGGAAGAUAUGCAAACGCUGUACGGUUGGAGCAGUUAAAGCUGUACGAGCAAUUAGUCAGUCACUCGCGUCACCAGCUCCUGGUGCACGAACCAUUCCUACGCCCGCUGCUGAAGCUGUUGGCCUCGAGCCAGAACGAAAUCUAUCCGCCAGACGUCGAGAAGCGGCUCGUGAUAUUGCUCAAUCAACUGUGCGUGGUGCUGAUGCAGAACGUGCACCUGCUCGAUCUGUUCUUCUUCUCCACCACGCAAACACAGCAAAGUCACCACACGAGCAACGGUGGCCACACAAACUUCAUCAUCUUCUCCCUGCUGAUACCGUACGUCCAUCGGGAAGGUUCGUUGGGUCAUCAGGCACGCGAUGCACUACUGCUCUGUAUGGCACUGUCACAGAAAAACUCCAACGUCGGCACCUACAUCGCAACGUACUCGUCUAUCUGUCCGGUACUGGUAACCGGACUCGGCGGUCUCUAUUCGCGCCUCCCAAACCAGAUUGAAAUCAAAACCGUCGACUGGUAUCGCAUCACGACGGACGACGUGACGGAGAUGCCCGAGCUGACACUAUUCAUGAACUCGCUCGAGUUUUGUAACGCGGUCGUACAGGUCGCCCAUACGAUGAUCCGCCAGCAGCUGCUCGAUUUCCUCUACCAAGGCUUCCUGGUGCCGGUUCUUGGGCCGGCCAUUCUACAGACAUUUAAAGGGCAAGGUCAAUUCCAGACGAACGUUGAGUCGCAGGUCUCGGCGAUGGCGUACUUCGACCUGAUCGUCCGCUCGAUCACCGAACCGGGCCUGAUACAGCUCGUGAUUCGCUUUCUGCUGGAUGAGGAAAAGUUCGACGGGCAGCGUAUAUUGGAUGUGUUGGUUGAGCGGCUAAACAGCAACGACUCGCGGCUUUGCAUGGUGACACUAUCGCUGUUCGACAGUCUGCUAAGCUUAAACUGUGAGGACAUCAUGCUAGAGCUUAUGUUGAAGUAUCUGCUGCACUGCAAGCACGUACCGAUCUCGCACCGGUACAAAAUCAAUCGGGUCGACCCGUACACGCAAGCGGUCGAAUACUUCCUCAACAUUACGCCGGACAUCAUGAAGAAGGUGAACAGUGUGCUGAACAUCAACAACGGCGGUAUCGUCGGCACUGCCGGGAGCCGGGACCAGCAGCACGUUCAGCCACUUGGUAACCACCAUCGUAGUACCGUUGCCGGCGGUGCGGCAAGCAACAGCAACAGUGGUGGUGGUAAUGGUGCCAACAAUGCCAAUCUUAACGUUAGCAAAACGAUCGGUGCCAACUGGAACCAUUACGGGUUGAACACGACGACGGGCGAAACGCUGCUCGCAAACUACCAAGCGUACCUGCUCGAUGCGCGCAAUCGCAUCGUCCAAUGCAAGCAUGCCUGUGAUCAGUGGAACAACGUGUAUCGUUACCAAAAACUAAGUAAAGCCAAUUUUUCGCAUCCACCGCUGGGCGUUGCAGGUGCCAGUGGGGGUAGCGGUGGUAGCAGCAACAACAACAGUAUCGUCAAUCCGGACGAUGUGCGCACCCUGAAGGUGCAGAUGGUUAAAGACUUUCUGCGGGAGUUUGCGUUCGAUUCCGGUAUAGGGGAUUGCGACAGUCAACCGGCACGGCCAGUGCAACAGCAUCAUCCCCCUGUAAGCGGAACCAGCUCGACGGGCUCUGGUGCAAUAAUGUUUGGUGGAUCGAUGGCGCCAUCUAGCGGUGGGAGUAAACAGCUCGACAGUUUACAGUCGAUCGGUGAUAGCAGUGGGUACGAAAGUUUAAACGUUUUUUCACAAGCAACGAACGAUAUGGUCUUGCCGACGGUGCACCAGGAACCGGCACCGCCUAGGCAGCAGCAUCAACGGAUUGAUGCGUGGAGGGUGUCAAGCGUACGGGAAGAACCGAUCGGUGAUUUGGACCUGUCCGAGGAUCUGUUCGCGCAGGGGACAGUUAGUUUAGGUCCCUUUUUAACGGCGAUCUGGAGCAAGCUGCAAACGUUUACGAGCAACUGCUUGUACGUGAAUCUGCACCUGACGGGAUUGAUCACCCAUCUGACACUUUUCCCGCUACCUUUGCUCCACUCCAUCCUGCUACGCCCUGACAUACCGACAACAUCCGAUACGCCGUCCUUCCAUCAGGUGCUAAAGAUACUGAAACAACAAAUCGACGCCGAACUCCCGGACACGGACGAAUCGCUCGAGAUCGUCGAUAUGGCCCGCUCGUUUCUGGUCGAUCGCGAGUUCCGGCUCGUUAAUAUGCGCAAAAACGCAAUCGAAUCGGCUGCCAGCGGUAAGCUGCUGAACGGUGGCGGUUCCUCGAUGACCUCGAGCCUGUCGCAAACGACACCGAUGCAGCUGACGCCCAGCUCAUCGUACGAUCCCUUCAAACGGCAGGAUGGCAAACGCAAGAGCAUCAGCAACUCGUUUUCCAACAUCUUCCGGCGGCCUGGGUCUGUGGCUUCAUCGGGUUUAGCACAGAUAGUUGAAUUUUUUACCGGAUCGAGCAAUAAUGGGUUAAACCACUCACCGAACGGUCGGCAACCGCAAGCGUUUACACCCGCAUCGAUGCACGGUACCAGUACGGGGCAAUCGAGCCCGGUAACACCCCCAAGCGGUCUGCUGCUGGGGGGUAGCUCAAGGCGUGAAUCGCGUGAAGCAGAAACACAGUUCAUGUCGAGCGACACGACGCCUUCCGCUGCCGGUACGCUGAUGGGUCAUCAGCAUCCGUCCAAUGGGCUGGUGGGACAGGCUGCCGGUCCGGAUCCAACCAGUCUGGAGCACGGGCUGAUCGCCAACUACAGUGUGGGUAAUGAGCGCCAGCUUAACCUUGCCAUCGGGGCCGUACUGCUGGACGAGUGGUGCCGUGAACUGUCCGCCGUAACGCAGGAACAGUGCAUCAUGAUGCUGUCGGAGCAGGUGCAGCAACAGCAGCCGGUGACGAGAGCGGCUACUAGCUAAAAACAACCACAAAACGACCGCCGGGAAACCCGCUUUAAGUAACUGUUUAACACACACACACACCCCGUUAACGAGAAAAGCUUGUGAUUUAAUUAGGUAACAUCGAGUGGACGCAAUAUAAAGGGUUAUUAUAGAGGCAAAGUACGGCCGUACGGAAUAGAAUGCGCGCGUAUGUCCUGGCCCUCAUUGUUGAUAUCGUUUGUAAAACAAUCGAGUUGGGGAAAACGAAAACCAGGGUUAUAAUAUUUUAAAUUUAGCGAACCAUUAAUUUAACAAAACCGUCGAAACAUCGAACCUAUUCUUUUUUAUUUUAAAUUGUGAGCAUCUUUUAAAAAAACCAUGUAAAACACUCUCCUACCCCCCAAAUUUUGGUAAGCCGUACUGGAACUGUUUAGAGUAGAGUGUUUGUGUUUUUGGUAAAAUUUUACGAACAAUUGACUCAAAUCGAAAUCGAAACGACCGUAUCGUUUGUACUAUAUAUACAUCGAUGUAUUGAACAUAAUGCACUAACCUUAACACUCCUACUAAUCGUACGAACAAGCAAACAAGGCCAAACAAUUACAACAAAAUACAACCUGUAGUUACUCUUUACACCACUAUGGUAGCGACGCGUAUACUGUAACUGUUAGUUAAUACAAGAGAAAACACAACCUCCAAAUACAAAAAAGAAGCCGAUCGGAUGAGCUCUUUAUGAUCGGGGCAGUGAUUUGUGAAGUAAUUUUGUAAGAACGAUAUUAAAGCCCGCAGUAAUGCCCCACCAAUCCCCGGGCUAGCGCGAGCUGUAAUCCCCCCCUCUCUGUACAUACAGGAAUGUUAUUACAAUUAUUUAUCGUUGUUGGUUCGUUCUGUGCGUCGGUGGCGCCAGAAAUGGACGUCUUUAUUUUGUGAGAAAAAUUCUAUCGUAGCGAGUUAACUAUUUGUUUUCCCUUUUUCUUUCCCUAUCCGCUGCUGUACGAAAUGUUCAAUUUGGUAUAAUGGUUGAUUAAAUGUAAAACAACGUGAAAGGAAGAUAUACAUACAG